UUUCUCCAGGUUUUUUAGAAGUGCUGAUCCGUGUUUGAGCUGUAGAGCAGCUCUGACUAGAAAGCUACUCCCGUUUCUGAAUAACAAGGAUUAAAAACUGCACGUUUGCUCAGUUUUAACCGCGAUCUGAAGACUUAUGGUGCUGUCCUACAACAACCCAUUUCACGCCUAUGGCCACGACCGUGAUGCCUCGGGGCUGCGGCUCCAGUGUGGGCUCCCUCUACCACAACCUGUGUGACCUUGACACCGUUUGGGGCGUUGUGGUGGAGGCCUUUGCAGCCGCUGGUAUCAUCUUCUCCUUCGUUCUCUUCAUCUCGCUGCUGGCCAGCCUACCUUUUGUUAAAAACCCGAACCAUCGGAACUCAGUGGGGGUUCAGAGCAUCUUCCUAAUCUGCACCACCGGACUCUUUGGACUGACAUUUGCCUUCAUUGUUGGGGAGGAUUAUUCCACCUGCGCCUCACGGCAGUUCCUCUUUGGCGUGUUGUUUGGAGGAUGCUUUUCCUGCCUCCUGAUGCAGUGUGUGACGCUGAACAUCCUGGUGAGGAAUAACAGUGGUCCACAGGGCUGGAUCCUCUGUCUGGGUGUGCUGGGGCUGUGGCUGGUGGAAGUGAUCAUCAACACAGAGUGGCUGAUCAUUACACUGGUUCACCCACAAGCAUCAUUCAACACCACAACGGUGCCAACCAGAGCCACAGCGAUACCUUGUAACAUUGCUAACCAAGACUUUGUCAUGGCACUGAUCUAUGUGAUGACCCUGAUCCUAGCUGUAGUUGUGGCAAGUCUAACAAUCAUGGGGGGCAAGUUCUCUGAGUGGAAAAAAGAAGGUGCCCUCAUACUUGUGAUAAGUUUGUUCACCGUGGCCAUUUGGUUGGCGUGGAUUGUCAUGUAUUUGUAUGGCAAUAAGCGAACAGGGGGUCCGACAUGGAACGACCCUACCUUGGCCAUUGCCUUGGUAGCAAAUGCCUGGGUGUUCCUUGUCGCCUAUAUCAUUCCUCAGAUCUGCUGCCUGAACAGUGAGGAAGAAGAUGAGGAACAUUAUGAUGAAAACACGUACUCAAACCAAGGAGUCGGAUAUGAGACCAUCCUGAAGGAGCAGAGCUCUCAUAACAUGUACAUGGAAAACAAGGCUUUCUCAAUGGAUGAACCCACCUACGGAAACAGGCUUGUGUCUCCGUACAGUGGUUACACCGGUCAGACACGUGCAACAGUCUACCAGCCCACUGAGCUGGCCCUCAUCACCAAAGGAAUAGGAAAUCAGCGGAAUCAGACCUUUGACAUCCACAUUCCCAGAGCUUCCACUGGAUCUACAGCCCACAGCGGGAACAGCACCCCAUCCACACACACCGAGGCUGGGAACACACACAGAUAAAUGGGCGAGCUUCGAUAACUACAUCCCAGUGAGGCCACAGUUCUACACCUGCUCAGAAUAACUUCAGCUCUACUUAUGUGCACUUGCUGCCUGUCUGUCUGUUAGUGGCUCCCUAAGCCAGCUCUGAGAGGAACCAUGGAGCCAGUCCUCCCAGUGAUGGAGGUUAGAUACACAGUUCAUGUGCUGCUGGUAGCUCUGGGAUGAAGCUUCACUUCAGAACAAAGACAUUUUGCUACAGAUGCUUUUUGCACCGAAUUUUCAGCUCUCUGCCGGCGACACACACACACACACCCAGCGUGUCAGUGUGGAUGGAGCCAGAGCUUUCAUUCAGAACCUCUAACUGAAUGUUUGGACACAGUAUCCACUCCAACCACGCACCACUGGAUGACCCAGUCUGAGUCCAGGAUCCCGCAGCUGAAACUACAAAACCAGCGGCGUUUGCUUGCAUUAAACCCAGUCAAGUUUAAUUAUGGUUGUUGUGAUCUUUGUGUAUCCUCACGAGUGCAUCCACAAGAGAAAGGACUGUUUGAUUGUAAAUAUGCCAUAUUUGGAUGAAUUUUAUGGAUGUCUGUAUUUAAUACUAUUUACAGUGAUGUCAUGAUUGAUAUUUAAUUAUGUUUAUUCAUUUCCAACCAUUAAGCAUUCAUACCAUUGCAGAACCAAAGUCCUGUCUACCUUUUUGUUAGUUUAUUGUUUUUUGGUUUUCACUAUAAUAAAGUUUAUUUCAUCAGAUUUUUGAAAAACUAACGAUUACACCUUAGUUUUAUGUUUUUAUUCAAUAAAAUUAAGCACCAUCUGCUCAAAUAAAUUGCAACAUUUUAUUAACUGGAGUCUAUGAAAAUGAAAUUACAGUGUUUUGUGUUUUUGUUCAUCAACAAUCUGAUGCAUUGUUAAAUGCACCAGAAACGGAAUAGUCUUUAGAAGGAAAAUCCUGAUCAUUUAUUCUCUUGUUCUGUUUGUUCUCUGCACAGGGUUCACUUAAAAUAUACAGUUAAGCAAUUAAAAUCAAAGGAAUUCUCAUUUUCAGAAGCGUUCGUAACAUUCAUGAAGGUCCUGACUCUCUGUGUCCUCAGAUGGAGACAUGCACUCAUCCACCUUCUGUCCUCAUUAAAGGAACUUUUUCAUUUCAUUUUUAAACAUUUAAAUGUUUUUUAUUGUUAAUUUUUAUUUUUGUAUUUUUAAAAUAUGGAAUGUCCAAAAAAACAUAUUUAUUGAAGUUCUUAUUAGUUUGUGUUAGCAAAGAGAAAUGAAAGCUGGAAACCAAACAUUAACUCAGGUUUCAGUAGGUUCAAAAGCAACUGGAGGAUGAGGUAAUUGUUUUGUGAUUAAAUCAGAUCUUUUAAUGAACUAAAUUACAUGUUAUAGCUGGUUUCAUGCUUUUUAUGUGUGUUUGAGGGGGAAAAUUAAUUUGAUUUGUGAAACAACAUAAUUUAAGGCUUUAAACCUUCAAAAGUCUGAAAUCAGAGAGAAAGCAUAUCUGAGCAAAAAGUGGACAGAGCUGUUAUCAUGUUACUACUCAAAGUAAACACACAAAUCACUGCUUGUUUAUUAAUUAAAGCUAAUAAAAUGAUUUGUGAUGCAUUUAA